AUGAGUGACCACAUGAAUGUUCCUUCAGACUUUACAGAUAACAUUACAAUCUCGCCGCCACUUGAUCAAAAACUAGAAGAAAACAGUCCAAUUUCCAAAGACAAUAGUAAUUCUGCUAAAACAAUCCCUUCAAAUCAAUCAACAGCAAAUGCAACUUAUGCUUCAUCAAAUGCCAACUCCCCAGCAUCAGAAAGUUUGCUUCGCUCAAAGACCAAUUCAACAACAUCAACUACAUCUUCAUCGAAUUCUAUCAACUUAUCAAGAACCAAUAGAUCAAAAUCCAUCAAUCAGCAGCAUGUUGAUUCCAUACCUAGAGGAAGACAGCAUAUCAAAAUCCCAAAUAUGAAUACUCAUAAUGCAAGAUCCCCAUUGAGGUCGAGCAACUCUACUAGAUUAAGUACAAGCAGAACACCUCAAAAUUCGUUGUACCCUCAAAGCCAAAGACGCGGGUCAAUUGCAAGCAUUGGUGAUACUUCUGACUUCUCUACUAACUUGGGUAUGCCAUACACUUUGAAUAUGAAUGGAAGUUCUUCAACUCUCAAUAAUGUUCCAACUACUGCUACAUCCGCUGCUGCUGUCAAUAGAAUACCCCCUCCACCAGGCCCACUGUCAACAGCAAGCUCUCCAAGAAACAGUUUUUCCAGUACUUUCAAUUCCGCUUCGAUAGGGGAUGGAUCAUUCUCACAUAGAAGAUAUAGUGAUAAUUCUGCUACUAGUAGAAAACCAAGCACAGAAGAAGUCUUUGAUCUGAUGGAGCGUGAACAAGAUGCCAUUGUUUUGAAACUUAUGAGGGAGAUUCAACAAUUAAAGGAAGACAAUAGAGCUUUACGUCAAACUAUCAACCAGUUGACAAGCCCAAUAAGUGCUUCCCAUUCCAGAUCCCAGUCAAGAUCAAGUUUAGAUUCUUCCAGGAGAAGAAACUCUUCGCUUUACACUGAUGAUGAAUUGAUUUCUGUGUCAAGCUCAAUAAGUAACACACCAAGAUCUACACACACUAAUUUGGCUGUUCCUGUUACUUCAUCAAGAAAACCGAGUAUGAACUUGUCAAGUGCCAUUAAUAGUAACCAGAAUGAUAACAUCAACCACAAUCACCACAACAAAUCCAAUUCAAAUCCAGAAAACUUUGAUAGUUUCAGGUCCAAUUCUUCUACUAUUAAUAUGAAUGAAUGA